UAUGAUCAAAUCGCUUAGAAUGGUUACAAAAUUUUCUUGCAAGUUUCGUAAGAUAAAUGAUAAUAGUUGUCAAAACAUACCCAGUUAAAGUAGUUAAUCCAUGUGCGUGUGACUAGUGGUUCUUAUAUCAUAAUACUCAUAAUGUCUGGAGCAAAAAACGUAUUUCUUGGGUCUAUUGUAUCAUCGUCUUCAUUUAAAGAUUUGUCAUUUGCCGGCUAUUUGGCCACUGAGAAUGGAAAGAUUACUAAAUUGGGUUCAAGAGAAGAGUACAAUUCCUUACAACAAUCUGGAGCUUUUACCGACCACAAAACUAUAACUUUGAAAGCAGAUCAGCUGCUAAUUCCUGGAUUUGUGGAUUGCCACACUCAUGCCCCGCAGUUCCCUAACUUGGGUAUUGGGCUUGAUAGACCUUUGCUAGAAUGGCUGGAUAAAUACACUUUCCCCUUGGAAAGCCAGUACAAAGAUGUGGAAUUUGCUGCCAAGGUUUAUGAUAAGGUUGUGCAAAGACUUCUAACCAAUGGCACCACAACCGCCUGCUACUUUGGCUCUCUACAUCUCGAAGGAACUAUUGAGCUGGCGAAGACUGUGCUGAAACAUAAACAAAGGGCACUAGUGGGCAAAGUCAGCAUGAACAUCAAGAAUCAUGCAGGAUAUUAUAAUGAGACUGCUGUUGAAUUGGACCAAGUAGAGAAGUUUGUGCAAACUAUUUUGUCUUAUGAGAAUGACUUGGUGCAGCCAGUAAUAACGCCAAGGUUUGCAGUUAGUUGUGAUGAGCCUCUGAUGACUGGUUUGGCAAAGAUAGCCCAGAAGUAUGACUGCAGGAUACAGAGUCACAUAUCUGAGAACCUGAAGGAAAUAGAAUAUGUGUUAGAAAUGUACCCAUCUUGUACAAGUUAUGGAGAAGUGUAUGACAAAAGUGAACUCCUCAAUAACAAGUGCAUCAUGGCCCACGCCAUUCACCUAAACGAAGCAGAGAUGUCGCUGCUGGCGGCGCGAGGUGUGUCGCUAGCGCACUGCCCCGCGUCCAACACGCGGCUGCGCUCCGGGCUGUGCCCCGUGCGCAAAUACCGCCAGCGAGGGCUACGCGUGGGCUUGGGGACAGACGUGUCAGGCGGCGACAGCGCGUCGAUACUAGACGCUGUGCGCAGAAGCAUGGACGUGUCCACGCAUUUGGACCUGCAGGCGGGAGGAGACAACGCCAUUAGCUGGAAGGAAGCGUUUUACUUAGCUACUAUGGGAGGCGCUGAAGCUCUAAAUCUGGAUCACAAAAUCGGCAACUUCCAAGUGGGCAAAGAUGUCGACGCUCUUCUGGUGGACGUGUACGCCGCCGGCAAUAUCGACCGGCACGAGUACUCCGUGGACAAGACGGAAGAGGAACGCGUCGCAAGCCUCUUGCAGAAGUUCGUGUAUCUGGCCGAUGAUAGAAACAUCUUGCAGGUUUACGUUAAGGGGGAACUAGUUAAAGAUAUAAGCAAUGGGGUUGGCAACUGUCAAAGGUUUGCAUAGCUUGCCCCUUUUUCUAUGAGAUUUGGCUUAAAGGGCUGGCAUCCAGGGCAUUAAACAAAAGUUUGACAAGGAUUGACAGGGCAAGCUAUAUGUGUGUGUGUGUGUACUUCGGCCAACCCCAUUGAGAAAGGUUAAAUACGUUGGUAAGUGCGACUGCCGAGUACAGAUAAAAUAUAAGUAGGUAUUGGGAAGUCAAUGACUGGAAUUAUUUGUGUUCGGUUGUCGCACUGUACCUAGAGAUGAGAAAAUAUAUUAGUAAUAUUAGAUAGGUAUGUCACUGGAAAUCAAUAAAUGAAAUGCCAUACUUUAA